CUGUCAUCCUCCAACCUCAACUGAGCCUAGUGACCGACGACCGAGUCUGCCACUGUGCUGACGAUUCAGCCUCUUCCUUCCCUGCCAUACUACCUGACUGAAACUCUUUCGCUUGGCACCGCGCCUCCCCCGGAGGGAGAGACGGACCACUCAGAUCUGGUGUGGAAGCCUCCGGGUGAAUCACUCCCAUGACAAAAACAGACGACACCCCCAGCAUCGAGUCCGUCGAUGCCUUCGCGCGGCAGCUAUAUCGGCGCACUCGCGAUGCUGGCACGGAUUUCGUCGACCUGGCAAUAGCCAUCCGCAACCUCCACACCUCAUUAAAGCAUCUGGACGCCGAAGCCCAGGACGGCGACUCGCCCCUUCAUGACCGGUCGAACCCCGGUGGUGGCGUGACGCAAGUUUCCGUUUAUACGAGGCAGUUAGGGUCCCUCAUUGAGGAUAGUGAUUUUGCCCUCAAGCAGGUCAACACCAUCCUCGAGAAAUACGGGGAAACCGCCGAGGGAGGAGCAAGAAGGAACUCAGACCUGUCAGAAACGGCCCGCAAGAUCGAUCUCAUUCGAGGAGAUGUCGUCUCCCAGAAUAUGAAGAUCGAUAUCUUUCUCGACACUGUCCAGCUACAUAACCCUGUGAAGACACAACCUGCCCUUGGGAACGUUGACGAUCAACAAAUGGAUGAGAUCAAGAACAAGGUGGAUGCCGUCGCCAACCGUUUGUUUGCCCAACGGAAGGACCGCUCGCCAAUAGAGGCGGACGAAGAUGAGCUAUGGCGCAGUUUCAAGACGGAGCUGGAGCGGGAGGGCUUCUCGCCCGAAGUGUUGCGCAAAAACAAGGACGUCCUGCGUGCAUACAUUCGCGAGCUUGAGUCUCACCAAGCGCUCGGCGGCGGGACACCGCCAUCGGUACGCGGGUUGCUUGAGUGGGAUGCCAAACCGCCAAUGACUACCGCAUCUGCGUCGUACCCAAUUCGCGACGGAGACUCGAAGCCCAACCCGGACACCGGACAUCACAGCAAUGAAGGGCGGUGGCGCGUACCGACGCCCGAACGGGCUGACCAUAUGCCCCUUUAUCCCCAGCCAUCUUCUCCCGCUCUUCCUCAGUUGAGCUUCGAGCAGUCCACUUCGUCCGAGUUGUCUGAAACGGAACCUAGUCCUCCAUCUAGCACAGCUCUCAUCUCGACCAGAGAGCUUAUGGCUUUUGAUCGUUAUUCGACUGGGAAGGUUGCUGCCCUCACCGCUGUGGGCGCCUCCCUCUUGUCACCUACUCGGGCCCCGUUUUAUUUCAUCUCACCCGGCACGUCCCCCAACACGAGAUACCUCCCGCCGGGAGCUCAACCCUUGCCCAUCCCUGGCGCUGUUGCGCCCGGGCCCGACGGCCAGCCAGUAGUGGUACCCCCUCCUCCCUACUCAAGCACCUUAUCCCCAGGCUCGCCGCCGCCUCCCUAUGGCAGCAGCUUGACCACUUCCGCCUCGGAUGCUGCCUGGGAUCUCACAACGCUACCGGCCUCAGCUCCCGCCGCCGGUCAUGACCUGCAGCAGUACCAAACCCCACCACGGCAACAGAGCAACCUUGCUCCCGACAGCAAGGGCCAAACCAUUCCUUUGGACGCCACAUGGACCAAGGUUGACCGCAAACUGAUAUCGCCUGAAGUGCUGGAGGAGGCGGGCGUGCGGUAUGAGGCCCGGCCCAAUUUCGUCGCCGUGCUCGGGGUCCUGACGCGCGAGCAAAUCGAGGCGUACGCGCGAAAGAGUUUCGAGGUGCGUAACGCGAGGAGCUCCCCCGCAGCCAGAGCCGCCGAGGCCGAGAUGCGGGCGAGCCAGGAAACGUACGGUGACCACUAUAGAAAGAGAGGAGGAGGCGGCGGCCGUAGGGAAUCUGCAAGGGACGACGGACCGGAUGCGCUCUUCGAUGCGAGCGAGAGCGACGACGACGACAACAACCGCCGCAGAGGAGCCGCUCGGUCCGGUGGUCGCAACCGAUACACACCAAAGGAAUACGGCCCGAACAAGCACCUCGACGGCGAAGACGACGAAAAGGGCUCCAAGGUCUACCCCAUUAUCGUCUCCCCGCCGGCGAGCGUCAACGGUGACAGCCUCUCGCCCUCGAGUACGGUAGCACCGAAGCCGAUUCUAAAGAACAAGAACCCGAACCAUGUGCGGUUCGAACGCAGUGGCCCAAGGGAGAUCUCGCCAGCACAGUAUUCCGAUCGCCGUCGCGACCGGGAGCGGGAGCGGGAGCGGGAGCGGGAGCGGGAGCGGGAGCGGGACCGGCCGCGGGAUCGAGACCGAGAUCGGGAACGGGACAAGGAGAGGCCGAGGCGAGAUAAGUCGCGGGAGAGGUCGAGAGACAGGUCACACGGCGUGGCGGAUGGAGAGCGGGAUAAGGAGAGGGACCGGGAAAGAGAUCGCGAAAGAGAUCGAGAAAGGGAUCGGGAUGCGGAGCACCGCUCGUCAAAACGACACUCGGAACGAGACCGAGACCGAGAUCGGGAAAAAGAUCGGGAUCGGGAUCGCGACCGUGACCGUGAUAGGGACCGUGAUAGGGACAGAGAUCGGGAUAGAGAUCGUGACCGCGACCGCGACCGUGACCAGCGAGGACAGGGAGAAGAGGACCGGCCGUCGAGGAGGACCGCCCUGAAAGACGCUGCCGGUGCCAUUGGUGUCAGCGGCGCCGCGGCUACGCUGCUGAGCGUCUUGACGCAGGCCGUGACCCAUCUCUAAGACGGGGCGUGUGUCUCCUUUGCUUUUCUUGUCUUUUUUCCUGUCCCUUUUCUUAUGUAGGAGGAAGAAAAAGAUCAGCGAUGGGGGCUUU